GAGAACAGAGAAAGGGCAGGGGCAUCACUUGCUGGGCAGAAAGUGAUGACUCAGAGGAGGGUAGAAGAAAGUUAUUGUGCCUUGCCUUCAUUAAAAGGUUAAUUGUGACUGGAUACUUGCCUCCAUUCACUGCAACAAAGGAUAAGGAAAGAACAAGUUAAAGAACAGGAGCUAAUGAGGUGGAGUCCUGGUGGAAUUUACUUUCCCUCACCCCACAGCUGGAAAGGCCUCUGAACAAUUGACAGUUAUCUUUCCAACCUUAUGUAAGCCUCUCUCCCCUAGGUCUGACUGAAAUGGAGCUGCUCUUGGUCCUGGUGUUUGCCCUGGUGGGCGCUGCCUCAGCUGGAAGGCUUUCUGCGGUCCAGGAGCUAGAGGUGCCAGCUAAGCAGGACAGCUCUAUUUCUGGGGAGGAAACAGCACUGGAGACCGGGGACUUGGACCCGCAAUGCCCCCUGGAGUCUGAGAGCUUCACGGUGACGAUGGCAGGGGAAGGGGGCAAGACAUGUCGGUACCAAAUAGUGAAUAGGUGCCUGACCUUCCUGCAAGCCCAGCAUGUAUGUGCACACUGCUACAGGGGCUGCCUGGUCUCCGUCCACAAUGCCAUGAUGAACAACUACCUGCUCGGUUUGGCCCGUACCUAUACCAACAGUGGCCAGGUCUGGAUUGGAGGCCUGUGCGCCGUCUCGAAUGGACGUGUCGUCAGCUGGUGGAUGGACAGGAGCACCUGGAACUACUCCCACUGGGCCUGCGGGAACCCCACCCAUCGCUGCAGGAGCUGCACAUCCCUCUGUAGAAACAAUGGUCAGUGGAGAGCUCUUGACUGUAAUACUCACUUGCCCUUCAUCUGCGAGAUCUGAGGAAACAUGCUUGGCCCUGCGGCUCCCCAUCCCCGCCGCUCCACCACCAGGCACUCCCAGCUCUGCGUGGUGUCUCUGCUCUCUGCACUCAUCUCUCCCUCUGCAGUGGGUUCUGGGUUCUGGCUGUGUCCCAUCUCCUAGGUAGGGGCUGCCCCCACGUAUGGUAACUGCUUGCUGUUCUCUGCAAUAAAAUACUGCUUCACUCAGCA